GAGGCAAAAAAAUCAUUGAGGCAGAAUUGUGUGUGUAUUGCGAAGUGUCCGAACCAGUGGUUGUCCGAAGUUGUGGUAACCGUUCUCUUGAUGGGCCGGGAGACGCUCAAAGUCAGUCAGCUUUAAAAGGAUGUCGAACACUGCGCAGCCUGAGCACUAAUUGUAUCCCGUCAUGAUGGAGGGCCCUGCUAUGCAGGAUAGCUCUACAAUGUCGUUGGCCGACGUAACAUUCUCAUCGAUCCCAAAAGUGGACACCAGCCUUUACAAACUGUCUCCCGAAGAAUAUGUAUUCUUCAAGGCGCAAAUCGGUAUUGAUGAUGAUGAAGACUUGAAGAAGCAUAUCCUGGAGAUUCAGGCGAAAGCAUACGAGAUUGCACCGUAUCCUUGUAUCCAUGGAUUUGCAUUUCUUAGCGUGAUGAUAUCGACUUACCCUGAGUAUGAACACAUCCUCAAGCUUGGUCGCGAGCGCCCCGAUGCCGUGCUGCUCGACAUUGGAUGUUGUUUUGGUGUUAACGCCAGAAGGGCUGCGGCGGACGGUUUUCCUGCAAAAAACACCAUUGCGUCGGAUAUCAUCAACGAAUUUCUCGAGCUAAGCCACGAACUCUUCAGAACGACACCAGCUUCCUACCCCGGAUGUCACCUUCCCGGAGAUGUCUUCGAUCCAGAAUUUCUCUCCAUUGCUGCGCUGUCAGACGACGUCUCUCCAGCGCCAGCCAUUGAUCUAUCCUCGCUGAAAUCCCUCAAUCCCCUUCAUGGCCGCAUUAGCGCAAUAAAUGCUACUAGAUUCUUCCAUCUCUUCACUGAGGAAAAACAAUUGCAUCUUGCCAAAGCUCUCGCAGGUCUGUUAUCUGCGCAGCCAGGCUCUGUCAUCUGCGGUAAUCAUGUCGGAAGUCUCGAAAAAGGCGUUGUAACCACCCUUAUAUCGGGCUCCGAGUAUCGGCAGUUUUUACAUUCUCCCCAGACAUGGACAUCUUUGUGGGAUGGAGAGGUGUUCGAGAAGGGCACUGUAAAGGUGGAAACGGAGCUGGUGGAGGUUGCGGUACAAGAGGUGCAAUUACUCAUGAUGAGGUGGUCAGUGAUGAGAUUGUAGAUACAAACAUACCAGUCAAUUUGAGGGAGCGCAUGUACAACUCGAUGCUAGAGAAGAUCGUCGAUAAUCUAGUCAUAGCUCAGUAAUGUUCGUCCAACUGCCAAGGACAAGGGGAAUCAGCACAACUUAGGAGCUCGGCCCUCAAUGUAACCCACAACCUCCCGCCACCACCUUCGGUUUCCG